AUGUUGAAAGUAGUCGGCGCCUCCUGGCUCCAGACGAAAAUAAGUUCGUACAUACUGGGAUUUCUUGGCGUCUUGGCCAUCUUAGCGCUAUUUGCCGGACAGAUGGAGAGAAUUCAAGAAGACGGAAACUAUGCUGCGACCGUAUUUUAUUCAGAGAAAACCGGAUAUCGUAUCGAGUACUGGGGACAAAGUAAUGACUUGGCCGAUUUACCCAGGGGAGUCGCGCGGGCAUAUUUUAGAAUGGACAUUGAAACUACAGGAUGGUCUCUCCUGGAAGUAGAAACAGACGGUUCAUACAGGGAUGACAUUCAAGCAUACGCAGCGGGCAUAGUUGAAGGGGCACUCACAUCAUACCUCAUCCACACACACCUUGACAACACGAUACGUGCGAAAUGUGAACACCAGCCGGCAAAGAAACAGUGCAACAGGCUGCGAGACGAGUUGGACAAAUCUGUAAAUUUCUGGAAGAGUUAUGCGGCUGAGCGAGGAGCUGAUGACCCCUUCUGGCACCACGUAUCGCUAUACUACACACAAAUCGGCGGCAUGUACACCGGCUGGAAAUUUGGGACCGAACGUAGUAGUAACAGCAAAUACGACACAGAUAUAUCAGACUUGUACUGGCUAAACUCCGUUGCCGACGUCGUGGAGCUGCAACGCAAGCUGAACAUCACUAUAGACGACCCGGUCGUGAACCAGCUGCCUGGGUUGGACAGUGCCUUCUUGAGGAUUGUAAAUGAGACGCUGGAUGAUGGAACAGUCGCAAAAAAACUAUUCAUUGCUCAUAAUGUGGCUGGAAGUUAUUCAUCAAUGACUCGCAUAUUAAAGAAAUACAAACUAAACUACCACAAGACGCCAACGGAUGCGACACCUACUCCCGGAGUAUCAGUAGAAUUCUCGGGCUAUCCCGGUUCGAUCACAAGCCAGGACGAGUUCUAUAUAAUCAAAGGAGAAAACCACAGAAUGGCGAUAACAGGAACAUCUCUUAGGAAUUAUAACAAAAAACUCUGGAAAGGUGUGAACAUAACGGAGCAGUUACCAGUUGGCCCUCGUGUAUCAGUUGCUAACAAACUGGCGUCGAACGUAAGUUCCUGGGGGCGCACAUUAGCAGCAAGUAACUCUGGAACGGCCUCGAAGCAGUGGCUACUUGUUGAUUUCGUACAAUUCCAGCGCCUCCACGCACACAUGGACACCUUCGUUAAGAGCGAGAAGAAAGAGAUCAUCACUGAGAUCACUGUUAACAAGGACGUAAAGCACACUAUCAUCCACCGGUCGGGCGGCGGGCGUGCAAAGGGCGCGGUGUGGCUGCUGGAGCAGGUAGCGGGGCGCACGCAGUCCGCCGACAUCACGGUCGCGCUGCUCGACACACAAUACUGGGCCACCUACGGGCUGCCGUUCUUCAAAGACGUUGCAGAAAUAACACAUGUAACGAAAAUGGAGGCAAUCUACGGAAAGACGUUCUCAGAAUCAGAAUCACCGCGCGCAAUAACUUUCAAGCGCGGAUAUAAAAACGCGACGUCUUUGGAGAGCAUUAUAAAACUGAUGCGUAUGAACAACGUGACAGCAUUAUACAGCACAGGAAAUAUCACCGACACCGCCGAAUGCUUCGAUAAAUUGGAUUGCGUUCUUAAGGAAGCUGACCACUGGUCUGUUCUGGGAGUGAGAGGCGAUAUCGUAAAGAAACACAAAGCCCCCUAUGGGGUUAUUGAUACGAAGGUCGUUAGUGGUAAAACAGACAGCGAUACGUUGGAAUUCGUCGCGAUAUCUAGUCCUCCGUUCGCUGAACCCCCCCAAUUGAACGAAACAGAGACACCAAUUAAUAAAGGAACUGUGGCCUCCGUUUACACCGACCAAUUCGAUGACGAACCGACAAUAAAUGGCUUAGAAAUACGGGACCUUGUAAAACACCAAGCUGAACAGAAAGCACAGGAAAUCCUUAACAAAAAUACUUUACAACCGUUUCAAUGGUCAGAUAGUCCCUUCGAGGACAUCAUACACGAAGGUCUUCCCGAUAAAUGGAGCUUCGGUCCAUUCAAACCCAAGUGGUCCUGGUGA